UCUCCACAACCCCAGAAAUGCCACCAAGUCUCUCCCUACUAAUCCUCCUCUUGGCCACAAUGUCCUACGGCUCCGUAGCCGUGGGCGUGAACUGGGGCACGACGGCGUCUCACCCAUUGCCGCCGGCCAAGGUCGUCCAGCUCAUGAAAUCCAACAACAUUACCAGAGUGAAACUGUUCGACGCGGACCCACUUGUUCUUGAAGCGCUUUCUGGGUCCAAUCUGGGUGUCACUAUGGGGAUUCCUAAUGGGUUGCUUAGGAGCUUGAACUCGUCCAAGAAGGCUGCACAGACUUGGGUCCAUGACAAUGUCACUCGAUAUGUUUCUAGUGGCGGCAGUCGCGUCAAAAUCGAGUACGUUGCUGUGGGAGAUGAGCCAUUUCUCCAGAGUUAUGGUCAGCAAUUUUACCCCUUUGUGCUUGGAGCAGCAAUCAAUAUCCAAACAGCUUUGACCCAAGCAAACUUGGACAACAAGGUGAAAGUAGUGGUUCCCUGCAGUUUCGAUUCCUUCCUGUCAGAGACUAGCCUUCCUUCAAAAGGACAUUUCCGAGCCGAUGUCAACAGGACCAUGAUUCAACUGCUCAAGUUUCUCAGCAAGCACAACUCACCAUUUUUUGCAACCAUUUCCCCGUUCCUAGCUUUCCAACAGAACAAAAACAUUUCCCUUGACUUUACUCUCUUCAGAGUAUACACCAAAGCUCGUAACGACAGUCGCAGAAUGUACAAAAACAGCUUUGACCUGAACUAUGACAUCUUGGUUAAUGCAUUGUCAACAGUAGGGUUUCCUAGGAUUGGGAUUGUUGUGUCGCAGAUUGGUUGGCCUACAGAUGGAGGACCGAAUGCUACUUCAUAUGCUGCAGAGACCUUCAUGAAAGGCCUGAUGAACCGCCUUCGUAGCAAAUUGGGGACCCCACUUAGACCUCGAAAUCCUCCAAUUGAAACAUACAUUUUUAGCCUCUUAGAUGAAGAUCAAAGAAGCAUAAGCACUGGUAAUUUUGAGAGACAUUGGGGCAUUUUCACUUUUGAUGGUCAAGCCAAGUACCGUUUUGAUUUUACCCAAGGUUCAAACAGCCUCGUGAAUGCACAGGAUGUUGAGUACCUUCCUUCCAGGUGGUGCGUGGUGAACAAUAAUAGGGACUUGUCUAACGCAACUGCAAAUGCAUUACAGGCAUGUUCCCUUGCUGAUUGUUCUGCACUGUCUCCUGGUGGAUCUUGUUCCAAUAUCAGUUGGCCUGGGAAUAUCUCGUAUGCCUUUAAUAGCUACUAUCAGCAGCAUAAUCAGAGUGCAGACAGCUGCGACUUUGGUGGCCUGGGUUUGAUCACAACUGUUAAUCCGUCAAUUGAUAACUGCAGGUUUUUGGUUCAACUGAACACUUCGCUUUCAGAUACUCUUCAUCCAGCCUCUGUUUCCCAGUUGAUUACCUUGCUUGCGACAGCCAUUUUGUUACUUCUACCACGAUUUACCUAG